AUGGAGGAACAGACGCUAACAGCUUUCAAUCACGAAGAAAGUUUGACUACCUAUUUGCAACAUCGGAAAUUUGCCGAUGUUACUCUUCAGUCGGACGGAAAGGUGGUCUGCUGUUGCCACAAGGCCGUUCUUGCGGCGUUUAGCACUCAUUUGGAAUCGUUGUUUUCUGAAACUAAAGAAAGUCCCAGAAUUACGCUGGACAUCGAUUCAUAUUUGUCAGGAGUUAGUCAAAGUGAUCUGAUCAAAAUUAUCGACUUUAUGUACGGUGGCCAAACGUUGCCAAGUCCAACACUGUUCGAGUCAGCUCGGGCACUGGGCAUCCUUCGGCUGAUGAAGUUGAUCGAAACGUGUGACCCAAAGGAAAGCAUAGUGGAUAGCGAUCAUGCAACGACGAUUUCAGCAGCACUUCGACGCUUCUGUUGUGAUCGAAAAUUCACGGAUGUGACCGUGCGACACGAGAACGUUUGUCUCGUGUCCUGUCAUAGGCUGGUGCUGGCGGCCUACAGUGAGUAUUUUGAAACGGCGCUAGAGGCCGACGAAGCGGCGCCUUUCGUUUACCUAGAUAUUAACGGCACGAACGACGGAAUUUCUACCACCGACUUGCAGAAUGUCAUCGAUUUCAUGUACACUGGUGUGGAUACCAAUCCAAGCGAUAUUCUUCUAUUCGAAGAUAUCGGUUCUGAAGAAACGGCGCUAGUAGAAGAUCCGCAGGUAAAUUUAUACGAUGAAUAUGUCAGCGGCCCCCGACGCCGCCGCAAUCUUCUCGGCACCUUUCGCUCGCAGAUGAAGAUCAAGAAAAGGUUUGACCGGGUCAAGCGUUUCCGUUCGCCGGUCGAUCCCGAAGCGGAAGAUUUCAGCGCGACAAUGUUUAUCGAAGACCCUCAGUUGACCGGCUCGAUCGAUGACCCUGUCGUUAAUGACGUGGAUUCAGACUUCGAAUCGGUCACUUUAAGCUUGACAGCACCGGUAAACAAGCGUCGAUACCCGGCUAGUACGGAUGAAUUUGGCUAUGGUUUACCCGCAUACGUGAAUCCGGCAGAUGUCACAGUGCCGCUGCUCGUUGGCGACCAACAGCUGCUGAUGGAAAAGCCGUUCAAAUGCACUUACUGCGACCAUCGUACGAAAGAGAAAUCAGCUCUCGAGAAGCAUAUCCGCUGUAUUCACACUCUCGAAACGCCGUAUAAAUGCGACUAUUGCAGUCAAGCGUUUAAAGUGCAAAGCAAUCUCGUUCGACAUAUUCGAGCGCAUACAGGCGAGAAGCCGUACGUCUGUAAAAAGUGUGGAACUCCCUAUGCGGACAAGAAAAAUAUGGACGCACAUAUCUUUCGGCAACAUCUAAAAAUGAAACCUUUCCAGUGUCCGUCAGAAGGUUGUUCCGCGAAGUUCUGGCGCCAGGACAGGUUCAACUACCAUUGUCGAAGGCAGCACGGUCUUGAACCGCAUGUCUUCUGA